AUGGAGGGGCAAAGGUUCUCCAGGUUGGGCCUUUCCAUCAUAGCCUGCUUGGGAUUUGCGGUGCUUGUGUUGAACAUCUUCUUCUGGUGGCGCUACGUGCACGCUGCCGGGCUUUGGGGUGACCUGGAGGACGGUUCCUGCAAGCUCUUAAGCGAAAAGUACACCGCAGGGUGGAAGUGGGGGUGGAGCUUCCCCAUCACUGGGCCAUCUUGGACAGAUGUGCCCUGCAAUGUGAAACUCGAAGCCUCCCUUGACGGUGAGCCGGGUUUUGAAGGGAAAGCGACGCUCCACUUCACGUAUUGGCAGGGCGUGGUGUGGGACUACUUGAAGGAUAGCUGCAGCCGAAUGCUCCCGAAGCUUGACGGCUCCUUUGACUGCGCUUUUGAUUUGCAGGGGACCGUGUUCGUGGGACAUACUGGUAGCCUACCGCAUUUUCCACGGCUACUCCUGAUGAAAGCCUCUGGCUUGUCGCUCCUGACGCUGAGUCCGGUUCUCCUGAUGUGUGUCAACAUGGGCCGAGCUGCACGAGCUUCUGAAAUCUCUAUGGAGGUCCAGGCAGACGAGCCAUACACUGUGUUGACAGAGGAUCCUGAUGGCAUUUAG